AUGGGUGAGUGGACCAUUCUAGAGCGUCUGCUGGAGGCUGCUGUCCAGCAGCACUCUACUAUGAUCGGCAGGAUCCUUUUGACUGUGGUGGUGAUAUUCCGUAUUCUCAUUGUGGGUAUAGUGGGGGAGAAGGUGUAUGAGGACGAACAGACUAUGUUUAUCUGUAACACGCUGCAGCCGGGCUGUAACCAGGCCUGCUAUGACAAAGCCUUCCCCAUCUCCCACAUCCGCUACUGGGUCUUCCAAAUCAUCUUAGUGUGCACGCCCAGUCUCUGUUUCAUCACUUACUCCGUCCACCAGUCCGCCAAGCAGCGGGACAGAACCUACACCUUUCUCCAUGGGCCCUACAUCGACCAUGGCCAUGGACCGAGUCACGGACGCGACCACACCCGAAAGAUACGCAACAUCAACGGAAUCCUAGUGCAUCCCGACGGGAAGGAUGAGCACGAGUGUCUGGAGGUGAAAGAGAUUCCGAAUGCUCCGCGAGGGCUCACGCACGCUAAGAGCGCUAAGACACGGAGACAGGAGGGAAUCUCUCGUUUCUAUGUCAUCCAGGUGGUGUUCCGGAAUGCGCUGGAGAUUGGUUUUCUGGCCGGACAGUACUUCCUGUAUGGUUUCAACGUCCCAGCCAUGUUCGAAUGUGACCGUUAUCCCUGCGUGAAGGAGGUGGAGUGUUACGUGUCCAGGCCGACAGAGAAAACAGUGUUUUUGGUGUUUAUGUUCGCAGUUAGCGGCAUUUGCGUGGUGCUGAACCUGGCUGAGUUGAACCACCUGGGCUGGAGGAAGAUUAAGACGGCUAUAAGGGGUGUCCAAGCACGCAGGAAGUCCAUCUGCGAGAUCCGCAAGAAGGACCUGUCCCACCUGUCCCAGGUGCCAAACCUGGGACGCACCCAAUCCAGCGAAUCAGCUUACGUCUGA